AUGGAUUUCAACAAGAAUCAGGCCAAGACUCAGCAACAGCCCGAGGGUGACAAGGGUCUCGUGGACAGCAUCAAGUCCAAGUUCCAGGCUCACUCGGCUCAGCCGGGUCCAGCCGUGCCCAAGGACUUCAACGUCGCCGAGGAGGGCACCAAGGAGGAGCGCAAGGCAAAGGCGGAAGAGCUCAACAAGGAGGCUCACAUCAUGAAAUGA